CCCUUUCUGGAUUCAUCUCUCUCCAUCGGUUUAUGCUCAAAGCCCCCGAUUUCUCGUCUUCGUUCACUCUUCCCUGAGCUGAGGAGGCCUGAACUGAGAAAAUGCUAGCUCGCCUCGCGUCCAAGCGUCUUCUCGAGAUCCGGCAAGUUUUCCGGCAACCAUCUCAACCAGCUCGAUCCUUCUCAACUGCCUUGAACUACCACAUUGAUUCUCCAGAUAACAAUCCCGACCUUCCAUGGGAAUUCACUGAUAAGAACAAAAAAAAGGCCAAGGAGAUAUUAUCUCAUUAUCCAUCAAAUUACAAGCAAUCUGCAGUUAUUCCUCUCCUAGAUCUUGCACAGCAGCAGCAUGGAGGGUGGCUUCCUGUUUCAGCAAUGAAUGCAGUGGCAAAGAUUAUAGAAGUUGCUCCUAUCCGUGUAUAUGAGGUUGCUACAUUUUAUUCGAUGUUCAAUAGGUCAAAGGUUGGGAAGUACCAUCUUUUGGUUUGUGGCACAACUCCUUGUAUGAUACGUGGUUCUCGUGAAAUUGAAGAGGCUUUACUAAAACACUUGGGAGUUAAGCGCAAUGAAGUAACAAAGGAUGGUCUAUUCUCUGUUGGAGAGAUGGAAUGCAUGGGAUGUUGUGUAAACGCUCCUAUGAUUACAGUGGCUGAUUACUCCAAUGGAUCUGAAGGAUAUACUUACAAUUACUAUGAAGAUGUUACUCCAGAAAAAGUUGUUGAGAUGGUUGAGAAGUUACGAAGAGGGGAGAAACCACCGCAUGGUACACAAAAUCCAAAGCGCAUCAGAAGUGGACCAGAAGGAGGGAAUACUACCUUACUAGGCGAACCCAAACCUCCCCCAUGCCGUGAUCUUGAUGCCUGCUAAACUUUUUCUUGCCCAUGUUACCUCUAAUAAUGUGAAGCUGGAUGUUGCCAGAGUUUCUCUGAGAUGUAUGUCUUGCAUUUGCCAAUCUCAACCAUUUUGUAUUUUUCUGCUGAUAUGGUACCUGAAGGGUGUUUGGUUCCAUGCAAGGCCAACCUGUUUUAUAUUGCAUGGAUUGGCGCCAGAUUAUUUACAGGUAUGUUUAAGAUAGAAGAAUAAACCAUAGCAUGCGUUGAAUGUGGCAAUGGAACUCACUGUGAUCUGAACACUGAAUUUGACAUUGGAUUUGGAUCAGCAUGAUAGGUAAUUUCAAAGUUUAUUGUUACCCUGUUUCUUAACUUAAUUCAGGAAUGGUGCUUUUUAUUUACGUUAUAUUUGAGUAAUUUUUUAUUUUUGAAUGAAGCUCAAUUCCAGUU